GGUCGUCGCAGCCUAUGAGGUGAGUUGAAGCUAUUAUCAGCUAGAGACCGUGAUUCCUUUUUAUUUACUGCAAAUGAACUGUGGCAUGACUGCAAUGAUGUGAAAUUCAGUGUUCGUGAUGUCGACUCUUUCUGUAAACAAAGGAACAAUACAGAUUUAGCCGAGUUCCCCUUCUCUUACUCUAGACUCACUAAAACACUGCAGCAUUCAACACAAAGAGAACCUGAACGAUGAACGUCCUUCAACAAGUUCUUCCAAUGGAGGAAUUCGCUCAUCCUGCCAGCAUCGUCUCUAUUUCGUUCCUUGCAGUUUUGUUUCUUUACUGGUAUGGAACGCGUGGCUUUGCAAACCUCAAGAAGCUAAAUGUUCCUGGUCCCAAACCUCUUCCGUUUAUCGGCAACUUUCUCGAAGCGAGAAAAUACGAGGGGAUACAACUCAUGCAUCUUGACUACGUGAAAAAGUACGGCAAAGUGUUCGCGAUCUGUUUGGGCGAAAAACCGUCACUGGUCGUUGCAGAUCCGGAGUUACUCAAACAGAUUAUGAUCAAGGAUUUUGCAAACUUCCGUAAUCACUUUCAAUUCAUAAAGCCAACUCCUGCGUUCAGCAAAAACGUUUUCAAUGCAAGAGAUGACACAUGGAAGAGAAUCCGUAACACCCUGACCCCUACAUUUAGUGCUGGGAAGAUGAAAUUGAUGGUGCCGUUGAUCGAGACGUCGUGCGAUACGCUUAUGGAAAAACUUGAGAAAAUUGCUGAUUCAGGUGAGAGACGGAGUAUUGCAGAAAUUGUACGGAAAUUCUCCUCAAUCACGAGCUGGUUAACCGAGAUAAAAUCUACAAUUAUUGGCAAAAACCGAGGAUCUUAGGAAACGACAAAUGGUAGGAGAUUUCGACAGUGUUAGAUAACAAAAUAAAGUCGUCAAAGCCCAGCAGCCUGACGUCACGAA